AUGGACUCAGGAAUUACAGAUAAUAUUCGACGUCGGAAACGAAGAGAACUUACAGCAGGACAAAAACAAGAAAUUGUUGAAGCAUUUGACCUUUUUGAUACAGAUAAAGAUCAACAGAUCAGUUAUUACGAAUUCAAGGUUGCACUUCGAGCACUUGGAUUUGAGUUAAAAAAACAAGAGGUUCUAAAAACUUUGGAGGACUACAACAUCAAAGAAGAUUCUGGAAAACUACGAUUUGAAGAUUUCAAUGAAAUAGUGACAGAUAUGAUUUUAGACAGGGAUCCUGUCACGGAAAUGGUACGAGCCUUCAAGCUGUUCGAUGAAGAUGAUUCUGGAAAAAUUACUUAUCGUAACCUAAAAAAGAUCUCCAAAGAACUUGGUGAAAAUUUAUCAGAUCAGGAACUUCGUGCUAUGAUAGAGGAAUUUGAUCAAGACGGAGAUGGUGCGCUUAAUUUGGAAGAAUUUAUGGCGUUAAUGACAAAGGAAAUAUAA